CUCUCUCUCUUUUCUUUAGAUAUGUGGCCGUUUUUGACUCUCCGGUGACGUACGACGACGUUUCGUUGCAUGAGCGACGGUGAUGGCUUCUGUUUGCGUUAACAACAAUGUAACUGUUUCUCAGGAUUUUUCAUCUUACGGUUGCUUCAAUCCACGAGCUUCUCCUUCUCCCUCCUUCAGCCGCGAAGACUCUCGGAGUUCCGGAUCCACCGCACCGGAGAAGAAGGUUGCGACGGAGGAUGGCGAUUUCGAGUUUCGCCUCGAGGAUCCGGUUGGGAUGCUUCCGGCGGACGAGCUUUUCUCCGAAGGCAAACUCGUAACGAAGCCAAAAACAACGGAGAAAUGUACGAUGGAGAUCUCCGGCGGCGACGAUGGUGGUGGUUUGUUUUCACCGAAGGCGCCACGGUGUUCGAGUAGGUGGAGAGAGUUGUUAGGACUGAAACGAUUCUCUCAUCAAAACAGCAAAACCGCCGCAACGACGACGUUUCACUCGAAUCCGAGUAGAUCAUCCACUUCUUCAUUAAAACAGUUUUUAAACCGAAGCUCCAAAACGACGUCGUGUACGUCAGACGCUUCACUUCCUCUCCUCAAGGACUGCUCAGACUCCGAAUCUCUCUCCAUCUCCUCUUCUCGUAUGUCCCUCUCCUCUUCCUCCUCAGGCCACGACCACGACGACAUCCCCAGACUCUCCCUCGACGCAGACAGACCUAACCAUAACCAACUCCUUAACCAACACAUAACCGGGAAUCCCUUCGCUCCCUCUCGUAGCCAAAACCCGAAUAACCCACCGAGGAUGAGGUUAGUGCCAUCGGGCCGUGAGAGAUUGGGCCGCAGCCCAAUCCGGCCCGAUACAGCGAUGAGCAGAGGAGUCUCCGUAGACAGUCCGAGACUAAACUCGUCGGGGAAGAUCGUGUUCCAGAGCCUUGAAAGGAGCUCGAGCUCCCCGAGCAGCUUCAACGGUGGAACUAGCGGGUAUAGACACAGGGGGAUGGAGAGAUCUUACAGCGCGAAUGUUAGGGUGACUCCUGUCCUAAACGUCCCUGUCUGUUCAAUCAGAGGCGGUUCUGUGAUAUUCGGACAGUUCUUCUCUUCAUCGAAUUCGUCUUCGGCUUCGUUGCAACAUAAUAGAACAGGGAGCUUUUCGAGUAACAGAGCGUCGUCUAAUUACAUCAACAGAGGUCGUAACUCUACUGAUCGAAUCUAAAAAUCGUUUAAUGAUCUUACGGAACAAACAGUAGCUAGUAGUAAUCCAUGUUUUUUAGCUUGUUUAACUGUACCGAGAGGUUGAGAGUGUGUACAUAGAGAAUCUGCAAUUUCUUAGGUUUUUUUCUCUUCUAGGGUUCAUCGACAUUUACACUUGGUUGAUUGAUUCGGGUGAAGAGAGUGAGGUUGACGCGCGAGGGAUGCGUGUGGGUCAAUAGGAAAAACAAAUUCUUUUUUUUUUCACUCUCUCUCUCUCACAGAUUGUUUGCUCUGUGUGUAUUUGCGCGCUCUCCCCACGUUGGAGCUUAUCUAAGCUGUCUCUUUCAUGUGAUAUUUUUAUUAAUUUUUAGUAUUUUGUCGUUUUAUGAGUUUCGGAAAUGAUGCAGUUUUUUCAGACUUUUUAUCAUACCUUUUCUCUUUUUUUUUUUUUUUUACUCUUUUAUUUAUUGUUUGUUGUUAUGUUAAUCAAGGAAGGUUCGUUUAAGC